UCACCGUAGUGCGCUUCAAGGACGAGCUGCUGGGUGCGGGAUGGCCUCUUCUUAUUUACAGAUAGAUGAUGAGGAUAAGGGGUAUGCACUGAGCCUCUUUUGUGUACCCAAACACUACGAAGAAGACUUGGACAGUGUUCUCAUUCCCAAUGGUCUCAUAAAGGACAGGACUGAGCGCUUGGCCAGAGAUAUUGUUCGUGAUAUGGGAGCGCAACAUAUUGUGGCCCUGUGCGUACUGAAAGGAGGGUAUACAUUCUUUGCAGACCUGAUGGAUUACAUUAAGGCAUUGAAUCGGAACAGCGACAGAUCUGUGCCGCUGACUGUAGAUUUCAUUAGGCUGAAGAGCUACUGUAAUGACCAGUCGACAAACUGUGUAAAGGUUAUUGGAGGGGACGAAUUAACGACUCUCACUGGAAAGAAUGUGCUUGUGGUCGAGGAUAUUAUAGAGACCGGGAAGACAAUGGAAACUCUGCUGAUGUUAUUAAAUGAAUGUCAGCCCAAGAUGGUCAAAGUGGCCAGCCUACUUGUGAAAAGGACCCCAAGAAGCUCAGGAUACCGUCCUGAUUACUUUGGUUUUGAGGUUCCUGAUAAAUUCCUGGUGGGAUAUGCUCUAGACUACAAUGAAUACUUCAGGGAUUUGAAUCACAUCUGUAUACUAAGUGACCAGGCAAAAGAAAAGUACAAAGUAUGAGCAGAGUAUAAAAUGCUGGAUGCAUGAAGACUGAGACCACUGUGACCUCCUUCUCUCUUGGUUGUGUUUCUACAUUUGACUUUUGGUUGAAGGAGUAUGAACUUCAUUUAAUAAUAGGCCAAAGAUAUUGGAGAAUGAAAGGAUGAUGGGGAAAAUAUUUUUGUUCAGAAUUAUGAGGCCUAGAGGUAAUUUGUAUUAGUAUCAUAAACAAGAAAUAUGUCAU